AUGGAUUUCUCGACUUUCAAUGCCGCCGAACAGGCCCACAUGAACAAGAUUAUUGAGAAGAAGCAGAUGCAGGACUUUUUGAAAAUGUACUCUAAUAUCGUCGAGAAAUGCUUCAUGACAUGCUGCAAUGACUUUACGAGCAAGGCCUUGUCAUCGAAAGAAGACCAAUGUAUCUCCAACUGUGCGGAGAAGUUCCUCAAGCACUCUGAGCGGGUAGGCGCAAGGUUUGCAGAGGCCAACGCUGAGGCUAUGGGUGGCCAAUCCUAA